GAGAAGAGCACGGAGUGUGAGAUAGGAGGACACGUUCCCGCCAGAGAGAUCAGAAUACCACAGACUUGAAGAGCGUAGGCACCGGGGAAAGGGCCCAGGCAAGCAGAGCAGAACAAGCUCAAGUGCUCAAAGGCAUACGAAGGCGAAGGAAUCGAGCAUCAAGGAGUUUUAGAAGAGUUUGAGAUUUUCAAAAGUUUGUUUUCGGAUCUGCGCUGGUGAGCGACAAAUUGGGCUAGAGUGUAUGCAAGCAACUGGUCUCAUAUCCAGGGACUACCAAUCUAGCCAAUGAUCGAGUCAAUUCUUGGUUUGCACUCGCACAAGCUUUUUUCGUUUGGAGGGAUGAUGCCAUCUGCGGUUCGAGAGGUGGAGACAGGGCUUCACUCAUUUUUCGCCUCCUCUCUUUUUUUGGCCUCAGUCGUUGCGGCCAUGUUUACUGUGAUCCUCCGACUGAUCAAGAAAUCGUACAAGAACAGAAAGGAAAUUCGACACAGCCACAGCCACAGCCACAACCAUAGCCAAAGCCACGUUCACAAGCCUCAAGCCCGACAAGAGGCCUCCUCAAGCCCUUCAUCGUGCAGCCCAGGACGAACGUGCUCCUCCCCGGACGAGGCCGAGAGCCCGUUGAGGCUGGCGUGGCAUCGCAAGAUGUAUCACACGAUGGGGAGGGCGAGCUCGAGCUUGUCGCCGGCACCAAGCUCUUCGGGUACCAGGUUCUACGCCAACAUUGUAGCGAAGCAGCAGAUGGUUGUGCAGAUGUCGUCUCCUUGUGCCUCCGAUGACUGCGCCAGCAUCAGCCCGAUUGAGAUGCGUCCUCGACGCAUGUCGCAUGACUGCAACCCGUUCAGACCGCAGAGGACGGCCUCCUCUCAUCGACGCGGGGAUGCAUGGGACGUCAUGGCGGAUUUCGGCCGCCUGCUGCCUGGGGAUCAUGUAGAGCACGAGAGGAACCAGAUGUUUCAUCCGGGCUUGUGGGAGGCCAUGCAUGCCGGGCACCACCCACAGCCCGUGCACGAGCAUAGGGGUCUGGAGCAGCCGAGCUUUGAGGAGCUGGCUUCGACUUCGUUCAGCUCGUCCGAGCGAUACUUCGACGAAUGGGGAAGCUUGGAGGAGCACGACCGUCACUCUCCGCUCAGACGGUCUCCCACCUAUCCACUGCGAAGGAAGUCUAUCUACUGAACUAUCCUUCCUCCACUACUUGUAGGGACAUCCUAGUACCUUAUAUGUUUCAUUCUACUGUAAACUAUCUUUCUGCUA